AUGAAAGACGAGCAGGGAUCGGGGCCCUGUCCUGCCGCGGCCCAAUGGGAGCGCCGCUGGGAGGCAUGGCCGGCGGCUCGGCGGGGAUAUAUAAGCCCCCCACUAGCCGCCCCGCACCGGGAUUCGUGGUGUUGCUGGAGACUCGUAACGCGUCCGCAGUCAACGACCCUCCGCAAACGUCACCUGUCGGGAACAACCAUGCGCGAGUGUAUCUCCAUCCAUGUGGGCCAGGCCGGGGUGCAGAUGGGCAAUGCCUGCUGGGAGCUCUACUGCCUGGAGCACAACAUCCAGCCCAAUGGCACCAUGCCCAGCGACAAGGCACUGGGCAGCGGUGAUGACUCCUUCAACACCUUCUUCAGUGAGACAGGGGCUGGCAAGCACGUGCCCCGGGCUGUCUUUGUGGACCUGGAGCCUGCUGUCAUAGAUGGGGUAAGAACUGGCAUUUAUAGGCAGCUCUUCCACCCUGAGCAGCUGAUAUCUGGCAAGGAGGAUGCUGCCAACAACUAUGCCCGAGGCCACUACACUGUGGGGAAGGAGAUCAUCGAUCUUGUGCUGGAGCGAAUCCGAAAACUGACAGACCAGUGCACCGGGCUUCAGGGGUUCCUGAUCUUCCAUAGCUUUGGGGGUGGCACUGGCUCAGGCUUCACCUCCCUGUUGAUGGAGCGGCUUUCUGUUGACUAUGGCAAGAAGUCCAAGUUGGAAUUUGCCAUCUACCCCGCCCCCCAAGUGUCCACAGCGGUUGUAGAACCCUACAACUCUAUUUUAACCACGCACACUACCCUGGAGCACUCAGACUGUGCCUUCAUGGUGGACAACGAGGCCAUCUAUGACAUCUGCCGCCGCAACCUGGACAUCGAGCGCCCCACCUACACCAACCUCAACCGGCUCAUCGGCCAGAUUGUGUCCUCCAUCACUGCUUCCCUGCGCUUCGAUGGUGCCCUCAACGUGGACCUCACAGAGUUCCAGACCAACCUGGUGCCCUACCCCCGCAUCCACUUUCCCCUGGUGACCUACUCCCCCAUUGUCUCAGCCGAGAAGGCCUACCACGAGCAGCUGUCCGUGGCAGAGAUCACCAACGCCUGCUUUGAACCCUCCAAUCAGAUGGUCAAGUGUGACCCUCGCCACGGCAAAUACAUGGCCUGCUGCAUGCUCUACCGUGGAGAAGUGGUGCCCAAGGAUGUGAACGCCGCUAUUGCCACGAUCAAGACCAAGCGCACCAUCCAGUUUGUGGACUGGUGUCCCACGGGUUUCAAGGUUGGCAUUAACUACCAGCCGCCCACCGUGGUGCCCGGGGGAGACCUGGCCAAGGUGCAGCGGGCAGUCUGCAUGCUGAGCAACACCACGGCCAUCGCCGAGGCCUGGGCCCGCCUCGACCACAAGUUUGACCUGAUGUAUGCCAAACGGGCAUUUGUGCACUGGUACGUGGGCGAAGGCAUGGAGGAAGGAGAGUUCUCUGAGGCCCGAGAAGACCUGGCUGCCCUGGAGAAGGAUUAUGAAGAAGUGGGAACAGAGUCUAUGGACGGCGAGGACGAGAGUGAGGAGUUCUAGGGGUCCCGGCACCUGCAACGCCUGGGCUCUCUCCCCGGUUUUGUGUCUCUCGUUCCACUGUUUCCCUAACCCCCUACAAAUACAAUCAAUGUCUCAAGUGAUGUGGAGCUCUGUGAUGUGGAGUUCUGCCCAGCUGUGGGCCUUCACUAACUUUCCCAACUGCCUUGUUGCCCUUUAAAUUAAGGGCCAGGGUGGCCUCUGCCUCUAGGGAUUGCAGCCAGGGGAAUACCUAACGGAGGAUCGAUGGUGCUGUCCCGUGCAAUCAGACCACCUGACUAAUGUUCAGGGGCUCAGGACCCGUGCUGUGGUGCUUUGACUUCAUGUGGUGGUUCCCUGUGUAUCCCCUUAUCCCCAGCCCACCGCAAGGAAAGGUAAGCCUUGUAGAGGUUCUGGUGAAAGCUGCUGAAAGUUUAUCUGUCCCCCCUGCCAUUCUGGGGCAGAACGUCUGUCUCCAUCUCAAUGCCAGGAAGGAAUCCAGCGUUUUAACCCAUCCUCCCUCCUCAUGGCCAACAGAGGGCAGUAGAGGUUGAAUCCACAUGAAUUCACAGGCCAUUCUGCAGCAGCCAUCUUACAAUUUAGGGCUCUACCCCGAUGCCAUAUAAGGGCACUGGGUCCAAGAACCAGCAUUCCAAAAGACAGGGUCUUUAGCCUGGGGCUGUGAACAUCUGAAAUAAUUUUUAAAGUGAUUAUGAGCCUUUUAAGGCAAAAACUGUAUUUUUUAUUUUCAAUAGGGGUCCCUGCUGAGAAAGGGACUAUUUAUUGUUCUAGGAUCUAGCCACAUAAAGUCUUAGAGAUCAGUGCAUCAGUCAGGAGAAGGGCCUGGCAGGAGCUAAGCAGUAAACUGGAUGGACCCUUCUAGCACAGCCCAGGUUCAAGGAGGUUUCUCUUUAAUGUGCUUAAAAAAUCUCAGCCAGGCAGAAAUGUAUUCUCUGAAGAGGAGGGAUAUCUCCAUGGGGCCAGGUUCUGCCCCUGGCAAGACCGUUGAGGAGAACCCAGCCCAGUCCCCACCCCCCCACACACACACCCAGAUGGGUAGGACCUGUGUUUUUGGCCUAAAUCUAACUGCUUUGAUUUU